UAUAAAAAAUAUUGAUAUAUAAAUGCGUUUUUUCGAAUAAAUUAUUAAUAAAAAAUAGAAUAAUGAGUAGAAGAUCAUCGUAUUCACUUGAUGAUUAUACAAAAUUACAAAUAGCCGCCCUUGAGGGGUGUCUUUUAGAGGUUAGAUAUUUAGUUGAGGAAGGGGUCGAAUUGGAUGUAGGCCCCGAUCCGGCGCUACAUUUAUCGUUACGAAAAAAGUACACAACAAUAGCCCUUUAUUUGUUACAAUCAGGGGCUGAUUUCGAGUUAAAAGACUCUCAUGGGGAUUAUCCGAUUCAUAUAGCUUGCGCGUUAGGUUUAUUAGAGGUAGUUCAAACUCUGUGUGCUCUCGGUUGUAGUGUAGAGGUUACAACAACUGGGGGGCUUUUCCCCUUGCAUCUAGCAGCCAGAAAUGGACAUAUUCACGUUGUAAGAUGUUUAUGUACAGCUGGUUGUAAUAUUGAAGUAAAAAAUUCUGAUAAUAUCCGCGCGGAUAUAACCGCUUUAAAAUAUGGUCAUAAUGAUAUAGCAGAGUUGUUAGAUAAAUUGAGAGCGACGGGACAAAGAGAUGUUUUUGCGCGACAAUUAGUACCAACUUCGAAACCAGCUUUGAGGACUUCGCUUCGCAUUUUGGGACAUUGCGGAGUUGGAAAAACUUCGUUGGUUAAAUCGUUAAAUGCGGGACUUUUUAGUUCGUUGUUUCGACGAUCGAGUUCGUUGCAAAGCAAUAAAUCUCGACCAUCAUCUCCAAUUAACUCCCAAAUCGAAAUGGGGAUAACUUCACGCCAAAAUUCGUUAACUUUUGAGUCACCCUGUAAUUAUCAAUCCACAAAUGGGAUUAAUAUGCAAAAUGUGGAAAUUUCGAAUGUGGGCGAUGUAAGCGUGUGGGAUUUUUCAGGCCAAGAAAACUUUUUCCCCACGUACCACCAUUUUUUAUGGCCCUCCCCGUAUACUUUAACGGCGAUUCUUUUUAACUUGGAAGACUCCCCCGCCGUUCAAGUCCAACAAGUUUGUUUUUGGCUAAAUUUUAUUUUAGCGAGACAACCUGCGGAUGUUCCAACAACUGAAUAUGGUAAAAUAAUUUUAAUAGCAACCCACGUAGACACUACCCGCGCCAUAAAAAACCAACACGGUGAGUGGAUUAGCACGGAUGCCCAAAAAACGGUUGAAACACUACGAAAAAUGGUACCACAUGCCCCCAAUUUGAUCGUAAACCCCAUUGUUAUGGACUGCAAUGUUCCCGCUUCGCACGCUUUUAAACAAUUAAAAUCAAUUUUGACGUCAAUUAAGCAAGAUUGUAUCCAGCAAACGAUUGGAACUUGGACUGGAUUACUCGAAUCAACUUUAAAUUAUCUAACAACUCUUCACAAAGACCACGAACAAUUUCCUGUUUUAACCCGCCCGAUUUUUUCGGAAUAUCUACGUCUUCACGUUAAUAUCUUGGCGUCGGACGAUCAUAUUCACGAAUUACUCCAACAAUUACACGCCAUGGGUGAAGUAUUUUGCGUAAACGAUUUGGUCGUUUUAAACGUUUCUUGGUUAGGAACUCAAUUAAUCGGCGAAUUACUUUCAAAUCAAUUUAUUUUACACGCUCGGGUUACUGGAGUUUAUACUGCUGAAGAUUUUCAAGCCAGUUAUAAUCAAUGUGAUGCUAUUGGAGUUUUGGAAUUGUUAAGAUCUCUAGAAUUAUGCAUCGAGUGCGAUGUUGAUGGUGAUGUAGAAUACGAAUUUCCGAUUUACAACCACAUAGAAACGUUAUCGGGAUUAUGGGAUCCUGGAGAUCCGCGAUAUAGAACCACAGGGGCUUGUUAUGGAGGUUUAAGAUUGUACACCCCACCGGAAACGUGCCAUUUAUUUUCAUCGAUGUUUCCCUACAUUCAAAUUGAAUUAAGACGUUCAACAUUAAACUCAUCAUUCGGUGACGUCGAUAUAGACCUGUAUCAAUGGUACCACGGUUCAAAGCUGUGCACGACCACCCUAGAAACAUUAAUAACCCUAAACGAGGAUGUCAGAGGCGUCGAAUACGUCGAGAUAAAAAUCCGCGGUCCCCGCCAAUCCUCAAAAUUCUCGUUUGCGUUUUUCGACCAAACAGUGAAAAUAAUAACUGAGGCGAUUUCGACGAUUUGCCCAGGUUUAUUGUACGAAAAACAUGUUUUAAGUAGCCACCAAUUGCGCGUUCAUCACUCCGAGCCGUAUUGUUAUAACCCCCAAACGAUUAUUUCGGCGAUUCUCGAUUCGGAAUCGAUUCCGGAUGUGACCGUUUUUAACCCGGAUAUAGAAAAAGCGGAAAGUAUGGCGCAAUUGGUUUUAUUUGGAGACGCGGAACUCGCUAAUAGCAUCCAAUGGGGGUGUGGGUUAAAAAUUUACGAUUUACCACCUCCCACGAAAUUAAAACUUUGCGGAUUAUUGGAUCCGCCUGAUCCGCAUGGAAGAGAUUGGUGUUUGUUGGCUUUAAAAGUUGGAUUGAGCCAAGAAAGGAUCGCCGCGUUGGAUUUUCAACAUACGAGUCAUACGAUGAGGUUAUUAACGAUUUCUGAUUGUUCGAUAGGGAAUUUAAUUACGAGUUUGAUCGAAUUGGAUCGAUUGGAUGCUUCUGAAGUCGUUUUGAGAUCGACUUCUAUCUUUAAAGUCGUUGAUCCGUUGGAGGUUUAAGCACAAAGAUAAAAGCCGUCCCGAUUUUUUUUGAAUCAUUUAAACACUUUUAAAUUAUUAAAUUUACGAAU